AUGACUGUAUCGAAACAAAAGCGACCGUAUUUCGGGCUAACGGGAAAAUGGCUGACGUAUUGGAUCACCUUUGCCUGCAGUGUUGACAUGCUCCUCUUCGGCUACGAUCAAGCGUCAUUCAGCGGUGUCAUUGUAACCGACAACUUUCUUGAACUUCACGAUCUCGUCGGCCCUGAGAAGACUCAGAUGCUUUCCACCGUCACAGCAAUCUACGAUAUAGGCUGUUUCGUGGGAGCCGUGGUGGCCUUCACGAUUGGCGAACGGCUAGGACGAACCAAAUCCAUAAUCGUUGGAACGAUGAUCAUGAGCGUAGGAGCCAUACUCAUGUGCUCGUCGUUUAGUCUGGCGCAAAUGUUUGUUGGCCGCAUAGUUUUGGGUAUUGGCAACGGUAUCAACACAUCCACUGCUCCGAUCUGGCAGACUGAGACUGCUCCUGCGCAUUGGCGAGGCAAGUUGGUCAUGUUCGAGAUGAUGAUGAACAUCGCGGGGUUCUCCUUGUGCAACUGGAUCAAUUAUGGCCUGUCAUUUGCUGGUGGCGCUGUUGCAUGGAGAUUUCCCCUCGCGUUCCAGUUUAUCUUCAUCAUUGCGCUAUUUGCAACCGUGCCCUGGCUUCCUGAAUCCCCUAGAUGGCUGAUGUCUCAUGAACACGAGGCCAAGGCAACCAAAGUACUGGCUUGCCUAGAGGCGAAGCCCGAGGACGAUGCCUUCGUCGUUCUGCAGAGAGACGAGAUUCGAUUUAGCAUCAACUACGAGCGUGAGCACCAGAUCAGAUGGCGAGAUCUUUUGCGGCCUCAACCCGAGGCGACCAAGCCACUACGGCGACUUAUUCUGGGAGCCGGCACCCAGUUUAUACAACAAUUUGAAGUCAACUCCGUGACAUACUUGAUCUUCUCCUGCGUCUCGGUUACUCUUGUUGAGAAAUGGGGUCGCAGGGGCUUGAUGCUCAUUUCCACUACGGGACAGGGUCUUGCAUUCCUGGUCAUCACCAUCCUCCUCAGAUUCGGCGAGGCGGGAGGGAACCGGAAGGCAGCAGAAGGAUCCAUCGUCUUCUUCUUUUUGUAUUACAUCGCAUUUGGCUUGGGCAUGUUGGGAAUCCUCUGGCUUUACCCUACUGAAAUCAAUUCCAUCGCCAUGCGUACUAAAGGAGCCGCUGUAGCAACUGCCACGAAUUGGAUCACGAACUACGUAAUAGUUCAAAUUACACCGAUCGGGAUUCAAAACCUAGGUUGGAAAUUCUGGAUUGUCUUCACAGUCUUGAAUGCUGCCUUUCUGCCUAUCAUUUAUCUCUUCUAUCCGGAAACAGCCGAUCGCACACUGGAGGAUCUUGACGAGUACUACCGCAACAACCCACCACUAGUUGUAAUUGGCGAUAAAGACGCCGUUGCGAGCAAAAGGCCUCAGAAAUACUUUGAUCAUGAAGAAGCUCAGAUGGAACGCUUUGUCCACGAGGAUGGUGUCAUUGAUGUGGCAAACAAGAAGGCAUCGCACAGCGAAGCACAUCAUGUAGAAUGA